UUGGUCAAUAAAACGAUAGUAAAAACACAUGCGAUAACCGCUAGUAUAUUCUAUGAUAUUCUAGAUAGCAAUAACAAUAAAGAAAAGGUUUUAGUGGCAGCCUCAACUUCUCAAUUGAUAGUUUACUCGGGGAGUAUGACAGAUGGGAUUAGCGAGAUCGGUAGAGUAGAUGUGAAUGGACGAGUGAUAGGAAUAGAUAAGAUUAUAUUCCAGACCCACGAGAGUUUAUUACUCACACUGGACCACCCACAAGCUCAGCUCGUCAUUCUGAGCUUAUCGUACGAAAAUGGCGUAAUAAAGCAUAUCGUGGAGUGUACAAAGAUGCUGGUUGAAACUACAGGCGAGCCCAGUUACGAAUAUUGCAAUUCGAUAGUGGAUAAGAGUACGCAAAUAGGUGUUAGUCAUCUCUGGCAAGGUCAAUUGCACGCUUUCAAGCUUAGCUAUGACGAUAGAAGGAAGACACAUAUCAUCGACGGACGCAACAGCCAAAUAGAUCAUAGUGUGGUCCUAUCAAUGGCAUUCCUAGCUACUGAUAAAGAUGAAAAACCAACUUUAUGUCGUCUGGUGCAGUCGGCGGACGUCGAUAACCCAUUACUCGUUUUUGAGCAUCUGAUAUGCAAGGAAGACUAUGUCGACAUAUCCCAAACAGUUCUUCGAAUAGAAACCCAAUGUCCGUCAGCUCAGAAAAUAGUCGCCGUGGAAGGCAAGAAACGAGCAGUGCUUGUAAUAGGUGCAUUCGGCUGCGAAUAUUACGAAAUACCUAAGAAGGAUCUCAAAGGAGUACGUCGGAAGUCUUCAACGACGGUAACAAGUCCUCAAGUUGUCGAUAUGGAGCAUCUUUCAGUUAAGUCCCCCAUGGCAGCCGUAAGGGGAUAUACGGCGGUAAAUGAUUCUUGUACUGCUUGGCUCAUUGGAGACGAGAAGGGAGAUAUCUACUACAUAUCUAUUAGCAAUUUCCUCGAAAUCACCUUGGUUGGCAACUCAAGUGUGGCCUCAACCUUACAGCAUCUUGGCAGCGGUUUCCUUUUCCUCGGAUCCCAGAAUGAAGAUUCGAAACUCCUCGUUGUGCAGACAAACCCGGUACGCAUAGUGGAGUUAGAGAAUUACACAAAUUUGGCACCAGUCUCUGACAUGGCUCUCACACAUCCGGAUGGUAUACAGGGUCAACUUGUGGUAUGCUCGGGCAGCAAUAAGACAGGGAAAUUGAGAGUCGUCACUACUGGAAUUGGCUUGUGCGAUAUCUAUCAAGUGGGAUUGGGAGAUUCUAUAAGCAAUGUCUUCAUUUUAGGUAGUCAUUUACUUGUCUCUUAUCUAUCUACGACGAAGAUAUACGACAUUCCGAAUGGGUUAUAUGGUACGUUCGAUGAAUCCGUUGCAUAUCAGGAUGUACGACGUGAUAUGCCUACACUGAGCGUUGUCUCUAGUGGUGGCAGACAUGGUAUAUAUCAGUCGAACUUGCUCACUAUCUUUGAUGACAGUGGAAAUCUAGUCGAGCGAAAGGAAACGGAAAUAGAUUUCGUGUCAGUUAGCGAAGAUCUCGAGAGUGUUUUGGUUGUCGGCGUCGAAGGUCUGGUAUUACAUCAAAAGGGACAGCGAAGGAAUCUUCAUAAACCAGAACAUGCAGCAACCUACGCGAUCCUCGACGAUAAUCACAUAGUUUAUACGACUUGGACAGAUUAUAGUGUGAAUAUUGUCGAUUCACGCAGUAAUGAGCUGAUAUAUUCGUGCAAAUCGCGCGAUGAUACACCAAUAUUAUCACUUCUGGUUGAAAACAAGGUUGUGCUAGCUGGUAGUGCUGACGGGUCACUAUACGCAUUCAGGUUUGAUGAACACCUCAAAAGCGUGGAUAUUCAAACUGUUGCUAUUGGUAGCACACCUGUUUGUCUCACCAGGUCUAACGAUGGGCUCAUAUUCGCCUUGUGCGAUGUUCCCUCUAUCGUUACCCUUGAUAACACUCGGUUGAGAUAUUCUUCUAUCAAUAUUAACUACAUAAAUGGUCUCACAAGCUAUAAAACUAAUGACAUGGUCAAUUAUGUAUUCGUACAAAAUGAUCAGUUGAAGUUCUCUCGAAUCCUCUCGACGGAGAACAGAGUACAUAUACACUCUAUAGAAAUGGGAGCUGACGUACCACGCCAAGUGGCCUAUAAAGAAGACAGGUAUGCGGUGGGAUGCGUGCGAAAUGCUUACAGAAGUGAUCGUACACUUUACGAGAGUAGCAGCUGCGUAAAACUUCUUGACAAUAAUUAUGAGCAGCUUGCUCAGAUGGAGAUGGAGAAAGAUGAGAUAGUUUCUGUGGUUGAGUCUCUCAGCAUUGCAAAUAUGGAGGUAUUCGUUGUAGGAACGUAUUACAAUAACGAAACUGAGGGAACGGAAGAAGCUACAAAAGGUCGCUUUAUUAUACUAUUAGUUAAGGAUGACAAGUUCAUUAUUGCUAGUAGCUUCUUAGUCCCUGGAUGUGUCUAUGCCGUCUGCGGUAUUGAUCAAAAGCUGGCUGUGGCAGUCAACUAUCAGGUACGGGUGUAUGACAUUGAGAGCAUACGGGAUGAUACUUAUAAAAUGAGGUUCAUCGCCAGUUACGGGAAUGCAUUCGUUGUCGUAUCUUUAACGUCGGUAGGGAAGAUUCUCGUUGUCGCGGACUUCCUCAAAAGUGCGAUAUACCUUCAGUUGGACACUGAACGCGGUGCACUCACCCAAGUGGGCUACGAUACUGCCCAACGCUGGAGCUCUCUUGUCGUCGCACUUGACGAUGGAAAUGAGGAGACAUUUACUACAUUAGGUGCUGACAUCCGCUUCCAUUUAUUUGCGCUCGACCGUACAUCAUCUGGGAUCACGUCUCGAACACUUGCUCAACUACCCGACAACGUCUCAGCGAUUGAGCGUGCAAAGACUAGGUCGGGCGAUAAAUUACAACCAUUGGCUAUAUAUGGAACAUCUGCGGGAGCAAUUUGUGCUCUAGCAUCUGCUGAUUCAAGUUACGAAGGUUUAAACGGCGGCCGCGUUAAAGUGAGACAAGAAGUUGGAACGAGGCAAGAUCAGAAUGUAGUGGAUGGGGAUAUAUUAAGCGCUCAUGAUGAUGAACUACAGCGUCUUUUGUAAUUUUAACGAUAUUUUCAUGACG